AACGCUAAUAUGCUAAUAGUGGAGCUAAUUUUUCAUUUAGCGCUUUUGCUAGGUUGAAAACGUUUAGCACACUUAGCUUCCCCCAUAUCCAAAUGUCUCAAAAGAAGAAACUAAUGAUAGGGACAGUAACGCUAAUAUGCUAAUAGUGGAGCUAAUUUUUCAUUUAGCGCUUUUGCUAACCUGAAAACAUUUAGCACACUUAGCUUCCUCCAUAUCUAAAUAACUUAAGUAUCCAGUACAUUAGCGCAAAUCUAACAGCUGAGGUAAUUUUUCAUUUAGCUCUUAUGCUAACCUGAAAAUGUUUAGCACACUUAGCUUCCUUAAAAAUAAGUUCCCACUGAUGGGAACCUUCUCCUAAUUUGCUAAUAGUGGUGCAAAUUUUAAUUUAGCGCUUUUGCUAGCCUGAAAAUAUUUAGCACACCUAGCUUCCCCAAAAUUAAUGUUUACAUUUAGUCUAAAGCGCUAAUUUAAUUUUUAAAACUUUCAGUUGAAUAAAGUCUGUGUUAAAGUUUUGGUUAUCGACUGUUGGUAGAGAGCAAAACGUAAACACAACAUCUAAGGGAUUUCUAAAAUAUGUAAACUAAUCAAAAUUAAACCGGUGCAUGUGAGUUGUUGUCUUUCAAUGGCAGAUAUAAUUUGAAUUGAAUUUAAUGUUAGCUUCCCCUAAAUGCUGUGUUGUAGCAUGUAGCAUGUGGCGCUAGCAGACCUAAUAAUGAGUGCACUAGGGUUAGCUUAGCUACCUUUUAGCUAGCUGUGUCCACCAGUGGAUUUUAUGUCAUCAGCCAACAGUAAGUUGCUUCUGCUUGAGGUGGAAGACAUGUUUAAUAAGAAAUGUUUCUGCAUUUUUUCACAUUUUUUUUAAUCUGAAAAGUGUGGUGUGCCUUUGAAUUCAGCCAGCCCUGUGUGUAAUUUAAUCCCCAGCAGUUCUGUGACGGUUUUAUUAGAGCGAUACUGAACAAAAAGCGUCAUGAAACCCAACAACCAGGCCAGUUUAUUUUUUUAAAAAUUAUUUUUUAACCACAUUUCAAAAGCAAAGUGUGAUUUUCACCGGUUAUUUUUCAGUAAAUUUGUAUUUAUUUUUGUCAGUUUCAAGUUGUUUCCCACUGCAGACUUUAGCAUGUUGAUGAUUUAGACCAUAAAUUAGUUUUAAACUAAAUACAUAUAAUGAAAUAUUUUCUUUGAUUUAAAUAUUUCCGUUUUGCAGGUUGGAAUAUUUUAAACCUCCUGAGUUCCUGCUGGACUUUCGUCUUUAGUAAAUAUGAAGGAUUUUCUGAUGAAAAGCUGCAGAUUUUCCAUUAACUUUCCCGCUUUUGUUCCCUGAAACCUUCGUAUUUGUACACAUACCUUCGCGCUGAGUUUGCAGGAUUAACUUCCCACCUGACUGCAGAACAAAAGAAGAGAAAUACCCGCAGCUACCCGGCCGGAGGUGAGGAUGGGCGGAGUUUCUGUUCCUGAAAAUACUCAGAACCACUUCAAUUAAUGUGAUAACAGAGGAGCAACAACAUCAGACCACAGGAGCCUCGUCUUAAAAAUCAGUUCUGGUUCGGGUAAAAACACGGCCUCCAUGUUUUAUUAGCUUUUAGAGUCAACAGGAUCUCAGCAGCUCGUUUCUCCGCGUUUCUCCUCCUUUGCUCAUAUAAAGUCCAGAUUUUCCUGCAUCGUCUUUCCUGUUUUCCCGCUUUCUGUCCAUCGCCAUGACUCUCGUCGCUCCUCCAGGCUGCCAGCCCGUCUACAACCCCAGCAUUCCUUACCUCGGUACCAUUCAUGGCGGCGUUCGGGUCGGAGCGUCCGUCUACAUCCAGGGAUCGGUUCCUGAAAACAUCACCAGGUUUCGGAUCAACCUUCUGUGUGGAGAGUCGGACUCCAGCGACGUCGCCCUGCACUUCAACCCUCGAUUCGACGGCUGGGACAAAGUGGUUUUCAACAGCCGCAAAGACGGAUCCUGGAUGUCGGAGGAGAAGAUCCGCAGGAUGCCGUUCUCCAAGGGCGAGGCCUUCGAGUUGGUCAUCAUGAUCACUUCCAAGGGAUUCCAGGUAAACAACAACAAGCAUCUG